CUUCCUCUAGCUUCGUAAACAGCUCGCAACGUCAGAGCGACGACCGCAAUUUCGAGAUAUUCAUCCAAGGAGGUACAAGUCGACUGUAUACUACACCAUUACGCUCUUCUCUGUUUGCAAGUGUGUGAAGAGGGAGCGAGAUGGGCGCAACACCCGCGGGACUGCCUAAGGCAGUUGCUCUUCCUACAAGAAUACUUAUCAGAGCGCCGCGAUCAUGUACGGGGAAUAGUCAUGGUCUUUCCCAGCAGUUCAAUACUCGCUCCUUUCAUAAUCAGCGAUCUUCGUCUCCUCCCAGCCGGCCUUUCAAUGGACCGCAAUCAUUCAACAAUACCUUACGGACGAGGAAAUUCCAUACCUCUGCUACGCUCCAGGCAAUGAAAGAUCCGUACAGUGUUUUGGGAGUCGGCAAAGAUGCGUCUGCGGGAGAAAUCAAAAAAGCUUAUUACGGGAUGGCCAAGAAAUAUCAUCCGGAUACAAACAAGGAGCCUGGGGCCAAGGACAAAUUUGCAGAAGCCCAAUCCGCAUACGAACUUCUUUCUGAUACUAAGAAGAAAGAGACAUAUGAUCGUUAUGGUUCUGCAGCCUUCGACCAGGGUGGAGGAUUCGAUCCGCACGCAGCUGCUGGGGGAAAUCCGUUCGCUGGCGCCGGCGGCUUUCACGGCUUCGGCAGCGGCUUUCCUGGAGGAUUUGCUGGUGAUAUCAACUUUGAAGAUUUAUUUGGCGCGUUUACUGGAGGGGCUCGACGGGGUGGAAAGCGGCGCGCUUCGCCGCAUGAAUCUAUUCUCGUAGGAGAGGAUAUCGAGGUCCAGACCAAUAUAUCAUUUAUGGAAGCAGCGAAGGGAGCUGGAAAGGAUAUUUUUAUCACACCGCUUUCGCAGUGCAACACCUGUUCUGGAAGUGGUCUCAAAAAGGGCGCCAAAAGAACGCAAUGUAAGUCGUGCAAUGGUUCAGGCACUCGGGUGCAUUUUAUGCAAGGCGGGUUCCAACUGGCCAGUACAUGUGAUGCCUGCAACGGUUCUGGGAUGGUUACUCCUCGUGGAUCCGACUGUGGCACGUGUAAUGGUCAAGGUGUGGUUCGAGAUCGUCGAACUGUUCAUGUUGAUAUACCCGGAGGUGUGGAGGAUGGUAUGAGACUCCGAGUCGCUGGCGAAGGUGACUCCCCUCCAACAGGCUCAGCGGAUGCUGGUAUUCGAACACAGCGUGGAGACCUCUAUGUUUCUAUUCGUGUUGCACCAGAUCACCGCUUCAGUCGUUCCGGCUCAGAUAUCCUCUACACCGCAUCUCUUCCCUUAACCACCGCUUUACUGGGAGGAGAAGCCACGGUACCGACUCUUGAUGGUGAAGUAAAGGUCAAGGUCGCUACAGGCACAGGUACGGGCGACCGGAUCACCCUUCCAGGAAUGGGAAUGCGAAAACUGGGUGGCCGGGGUCGCGGCCUGAGCUCGUCUGGCGACCUGCGCGUCGAAUUCAAGGUCCAAAUGCCGAGAUAUCUGAGUGAGAACCAGAGGACGAUCCUCGAAGUCCUUGCUGAUGAGAUGGGCGACAAGACAGCGAAGCGUGUCAUGAACGUUGGCAAGGACAAGUAAGUUUCGAUUCUCUACCGACGGUCAAUCCGAAACGACUAACAAUCCGCAAGUAACGCGCCACCUGGUUCUGGUUCUGACUCGACUGGAUCGUCUGGUGAUAGUCACAAAUCCGAAGGCUUUCUUAAAUCCGCAUGGCAUCGUCUCACGAGCCAACACAAAGCAGCUGAGGGCAACAACAAACCAUCCGAAUCCCCAA